AUGGAAAUAUACAUUUCCCUUUGCGUCCAUGAGACAAUUGCGGGCAGCGAUGUCGCGGUGCAAAACGCCGACGUCAUGGAGGUAAGUGAGGAGAAGCCAGCUUGCUCAUUUCGAUCCUCAAAAAAAUAUCAAAUUAAACAAAGAACUCAGUCAAAAAAAAAUAUAUGGAACCAAGGAAUCCUUCAACUUCUUUAAGGAUAUUUUUCAAAAAAAGAUAAAUUUUAAAUGUUUCAUUUAUGCCUUUUUGCGGUGGUCAUUCUGCAAACUGUGCGCACUCCUUGACAGCGGGUUAACGGCGGGGCUAAUACGCAUCAACGCUUCAAGCCCCGCAGGCUCUUUACCCCCCGCCGUUCGCCCGUUUUUUGCCGCGCCGUUGCUCUUUUUGCUUCUUUCAUCCGCCGUCGUUCCGCAUUUGCACGGCGGGUCAACCCCACCAACAUGAGAGAUGUAUAAAACUUUUAACUUCCAAUUAAUUUUUUUAUUCUAUUUUUUUGAAAUGUUUUUUUAUUCAUGGCAAACCUGCUGUGGUAGCCAAAGUUAAUUUUUCAAACAUUUUUUUAAAUCUUUCAGAGCAAACUUGAGUGUCAUAGCUUUUUUUGCCCUUUGCAUCUCUUUUUUUCGAAAUAUAGUAUGUUCAGAUUUUGAAUGUCAACCAGCUAACUCCACCCCUGCUGAGACGGUACCUUUUUCGCGUCGAUGUUUUUUCGCGCGGGACUAAUUUUGAUCUUUUUGAUCUAAAAGAUAGAAAAAAAGAAGUCAAAAAUUCAUCCUUAUUAAAGGGCCAUCGUCAUCUGUAGAUAAAACAAUGACGCCAAAGAUAUUGUAGCCUUGGGGGUGGAGUUAGCUGCUUGACAUUCAAAAUCUAAACAGACUAUAAACACAACGGUAUUCGUGUUAAAAAAUGUAUUUAGGUUGGAAUGAGCACUUUUGACCGAUUCUCUCUCUCUCGAUUUGUUGCGAAUUGGGGAAAAUCUGAGCAUUUUAGGCGAUUUACUCACGGGUACAUAGCGGGAGCAAAGUAUAUGUUCCCGCCACAGCCCUGAGAAGUCAACUAAAUCUUUGAAAUUUUUCUGUUGAUCAGAAAAAAGGAAGCUUCUGAACUGGAAAGGGGUGAUGAAGAAAUUGCAAAUUUCCGACUUUCCUAUUUAUUUGAGUCAUUAGUUGAACUUUUUUUGAUAGGAUUUCAGUUGAUUCACAAAAAUUUUUGAAAAGUUUCUUGUGAUGUGGAAUAUUGAAUAUUCGUUACGUGGCCAUCAUUGAACUGAUCUCGAAUCAUGAAAAAAAGUAGACGUUGACGUGAAUUUCUCUCUCUCAUUUUUAUCCACGUGGAAAUGCCACGUGGACAAGGAUGAGAGUAUAUAAGCGGAAUGAUGAGCUGAUCUAGCCAUUGCAAACCAGUUCCCUCGAGCAGGCUCAGAUCCCGAACUCCAACUCCGCGACCAUGCUUUUGGUGAGUUCAGAUCAGUAGAUCUAAAAAUCGAUUGCCGAUCUUGCCGAAUUUUCUAGAGUUUUUGAAAUUGCCGAUUGAAAAAAAUCGAAAUGAAUUCUCGAUUUUCGGAUUCUUCGAGGCUUCAUAUUCCUAGGAAAGCUUUUGAAAAAAAAUGAGUAGGAUUGUUGUAGGAUUGUUGUAGGAUUGCGUCAUUCUGCUAAUUGGCGCGUUUUAACCUCAAAAUUUGAAAAUCGAAUAUAUUCGAAUCAUAAGUUUCUCAAGUUUUUCUGAAAAAAAUUUGAUGUUUAUUUUUUUUUUUUGCUCUAUGUGUUGGAAAUUUCUUUUGGGAAAUUAUAGAACCCUUCGAAAUAAAAGUUUUCACGAUUUUCAAAAAUUUUAUUUCAAUUUUUGAACUAAAUUUAUGGGAAAGUUAUAAAAUGUAUUAGCGAUUAUGUUUAGCAGAAUCUAUCCUACGUUUCACAACGAAAAACAGACAUUUUUGGCUUUUUUCAAAAAUAGCCUUCGAUCCCUAGGUAUUGUGACUUACUUGUACGUCUUUAAAGAUUUAUUGAUAUCCAAUAAACAUCUCUCUUCAGAAACGUAGAUUUAUUCAAAAUGAUAACUGAUUUUUGAAUCAUGUUGUCUAUAAAUUAAUUCAUUUUGCUGCAUUUCCCGAAAAUUUCUGACAUGGAGAAAUUGCCGAUUGCUGGCUAAUCAAUGAUUGAAUGACAGCUUGUUUUCUUUUUUUGAGUUUCUGUUUGAAAAAAAUAACCAAAAACAAAAAAAUAAUAAUUCGAAAUCAAUCUUGUUACGAAAUAAUUAAAACUAGCAUUUCCGAAAAAUUGAAUGACGACGAGGGGUUCAGCUAAAUCAUUAUGAUUCUCGGUAGAAUCAGAGAAGUUUUUCAGGGGUUUCCCGAAAUCCUUAUAGUUUGAAAGCUACCAAACUUAGCAUACUGAAUUGUAUGGCUUAUUUUUUCGAUCCUUCAGAUAAAGAAACAUAUUUUCAGAUAAAAGAAGAUUGCCGCAGGAAUGUACAAAAAAACCGACAGGCACUCUUACAACGGCUACGGUCCAGAAGACGGAAGAGAAAGGUGAAUUUUUUUUUCCUCUGACAUUUGAUGUCAUUUUAGCGUCGGGUUCAGAAUUUUUUAUGAAUUUGCUCAAACAAUCUUUGAUAGACUGGGAAUCGAUCCUCCAUAGUCGCUACCUGCACAAACUUUUUGUUUUGGAGAUAUGAUCUUUCAAAGUUUUUAUCCUUAACCAUGUGACGCCGUUUGGAAGGAAUGCCUCUGCAUGGCAGCUAGGAGCGUGGUGCAGUGGGUAGCGUGUUAGUUUGCGAGCCUAUGAUGAAGGUUCGAAUCCUUUUGCCGCUAACUUUUUUGCCAUUAUUUUUUUAAACGAAUUCUGAUGAGAAUAUUAAAAUUUCAUGAGUAAACCUUUCCAAAUAAGUUUGAUAGCUACUUUCUUUCUAAAAUCGCCUUUUUUUAUGGACAAAAAUUAUGAAAAAUUUUUGAAGUUUUAGCCGACUUCACAUUAUCAGAGACUAGUUUUUGAAAAUCAGCAGAAAAUGUUUCAGUAAAGCGCUGAACCUUCAUCAAAGAUCUUCGCCUGUCAAAAAAAUGCAGCCUUAUUAAAAGGGCCAUCGUCAUCUGUAGAUAAAAACAUUGACGCGAAAGAUAUUGUAGCCUUGGGGGUGGAGUUAGCGGCUUUGACAUUCAAAAAUCUGAACAGACUAUAUAAUUUUUCAAUUAUAUUAAAACUUUUUUCAGCAGCGGACACUUCACCAAGAAUGAAGUGGAAUCGUAUUGAAGGUAUGUUAUUUCACAUCUUUUUUCAAACUCAAUCUUUUUGUUUCAGGAAGAUUCAAUCUGAAGAUGUUGCUUAUGAUAGCACUGCUGAACGCAUGUUAUGCUGAUUCUACCCGUAAGUCACAUGAGUAUUGACAAUCUUAACAUUAUACUUUUUAUUAUUAUAGUCAUUUCACGGUAGAUCUUGGUCGCUAAAUAAAGUAUAUAUGUCUGUUCAGAUUUUGAAUGUCAAGUCGAAUGACGUCAUUCGAAAUCGCUCUGUGGGUGGCUCGCUCUCUGAUUGGUUCAUCUCGCCAUUAGGGAGCGGAGCUUCAGCUAGGACUUGACAUUUGAAAUCUAAACGAACUAUAGUAUCGAUCGUUUGCUGCGGACUUAGGAGCCCGUGUUUUUUGAAUGAGUAGUUUUAUAAAAGUUUGGACUUUAUAGUUGGAAAUGCCAAAAAUUGAAGAGAUUUUAAAAUAAAAAUACCAUGAUCAUGGUUUAAUACCAGCUGAUUAGCAGUUAUAGUCUGUUCAGAUUUUGAAUGUCAAGUCGUCGCUCAAGCUCCGCCCUAAUGGUGCGAUAAAACAAUCAGAGAGCGAUUCAUCCACAGACUGUUUUUGAAUGACGUCAUUGCACUUGACAUUAAAAAUCUGAACAGACUAUAAUGCUCUUCUCUAAGCUGCAGUCGAUGAAGAUUUUUAACUUGCAGAAUCUUGCUGCAAGAGGCCCAUGUACGCGUACGGGUCUGGAGACGCUAAACCAUCGGAAUGCACAUCUGAGAAGGUCAAGUGUACCGAAGCGCUGGUUUAUGUGGACCAGGGUCGAGGCAAUGGACCAGUCUGUUUGUUUUUAUUGGCGGCGGAGAAGAGCAGUACGAUCACAUUGAUCAAAACUGACGUGAAUGUCAAAUUCCUCAAAGAAAUCAUCCACAAGGGGCCGGGCAAGUUUCUUUCCAUAAUGAAAAAAAAAUGA